AUGCAUUCUCUCGUUCAACUGACGGCACUGCUCACUGCAGGGGCAAUUGCAUCAGCACGCCCCGGCAACAGUAACGGGCAGGGUGGCUCACAACACCAUGGACCACAGGACGGCCAAAGCUGUUCUUCGAUAACAGCAGAUCAGGUCACAGCCAUGCGCAAUAACAGCCUCUUCACCCGAUGGAGACCUCAAAGCCACUUUUUAGCACCUGCCGGCUGGAUGAACGACCCUUGCGGCGCUGUCUACGAUCCGACUCGUGACGAGUACCACCUAUCCUACCAAUGGCACCCCGAGCACUUCAACUGGGGCAACAUCUCCUGGGGCAGCGCAACAAGUAAGGACCUGAUCACCUGGACGGAUCGUGGCAGCUGGAAGGGUAGAGACGCCCUCAUCCUCAGUCCUUCUGGCAAUGGCAGCUUCCCGGAAGCAUAUGAUGGUCUGGGUAUCUUCUCUGGCACUGUACAGCCUGUGAACCUCAAGGGCGAAGUGAACGGUGAUCUACUUGCUUUCUACACUUCUGUGAGCUAUCUGCCUACGAACUGGCAGAUCAACUAUCAACCGCAUACCGAGUCGCAGAGUCUGGCGAUUAGCCAUGAUGGAGGUAAGACUUGGGAGCAAUAUGCCGAUAACCCAGUCAUUGAUGCCACGACGGAGACGGCACCGAUGAACUGGAACGUCACUGGUUUCCGUGAUCCAUUCUUUGAGCCACUCCCGGAGCUCGAUGCCAUCCUUGGAGUAUCUGAGCCACAUUACUAUGCUGUCUUCGGCUCAGGUAUCAAGGGCGUUGGCCCCAGAAUGCCGUUGUGGUCUGCACCAACAUCUGAUCUCACGAAUUGGACUUUCCUCGGAGCACUCUGGGAGCCUGCAAAGAACACAUCUGUUGGUCCCGUCCUAUCGACCGGCUCCUAUGCCUUCAACUUCGAAGUCUCCGGCUUCUUCCCACUUCCCGACAGCAAGGGCAACCAGCACUGGUUCGUCAACAUGGGUACCGAAGGCGGGAACGUAUCAUUUCACCAGUCGGCACAAUGGGCUCUCUGGAACGGCGGCGAGGUCACUCGUCGCGAGAACGGCAGUGCUCACUUCACGCCCAGCUACGGCGGCGCAGGUGACUGGGGCAGUGGCUACGCCCUCAGCAGCUUCAACGACACCAAGUACAACCGCCGCGUCCAGUAUGCCUGGAUCAAGGAAGACUUUGUUGGCGCUGGUGGUCUCUUCAGUGCCCAACAACAAGGGUUCCAAGGCGCUCUAUCCCUUCCACGUGAACUCUUCGUGCACGAGGUUGAGAACGUCGAGGCCACCACUGAGCUCAAAGAGGCCAAAACCUCAGUAGUCGGCGACGAUGGCAUCGCACGCACCCUCGGCGUUCGCCCUCUCUGCGAUGUCGUGGACGGUCUCCGCUCCUGCGCGCAGCACCAGUCCUACCCUUGCACAACCUAUACCUCCCCAGAGAUCCUGGCCGCUCAAGCCUCGUCCCACAUGGAACUAAAAGCGACCAUAAGCUCCUUCACCGGCCCCUUCGGCCUUCGCUUUGCAGCUUCCCCAGACCGCCAAGAAUACACCACAGUCAGCUAUCAACCCUCCAACCAUACCAUCCUCGUCGAACGUCUUCACAGCAGUAACAUCGUCGAGUUCAACAACGCUACCAUAACCGGCUACUUCGACCCCUACACAGUCCACGGCAAGACUGAGGCGAUAGUUAUAGACAUUUUCCUCGACGGCUCGAUCGCCGAAAUCUAUGUCAACGAGCGAUUUGCACUGUCAGCGAGAAUCUACCCAAGCAUGGAGUGCAGUACUGGUUAUGGUGUUUAUGUUGCCGAUGGCGCAAAUGUCACAUUUGAGAGCAUCGAGGCCUGGGUUGGAACGAAGAAUGUUUGGCCUGAAAGACCGCUUGACAGUAGCUCGCAGCUGGUGUGGGACUCUGCUGAGCCGACCAACAACUACACGUGGUGGACGGGGAACUGA